AUGAAGAUCUUCAUGUUAUUCAAUGUUCAGGGACUUGAACACCAUAAACAGCACCAAAAGACUCCUAAUGAUUUGGAUCCCGGAUCACAUAUUUUCAAUGAAGAGUGUUGCUUUGAUGAGGCUACCUCAUGUGCACCUGCAUUCCGUGCUCUCAAACAAUUGAUCCAAAGAUGCCUUGCAGAUGCAGUUACAUCUGGAAAUGUAUUUGCUGAUGCAAUAUUGCAGCAUUUAUAUCGAUGGCUUUGCAGCCCAAAGUCAAAACUGCAUGACCCAGCUCUUCACCGUAUGCUUCAUAAGGUCAUGCAAAAAGUGUUUGCACUAUUGUUGGCGGAGUUUCGUAAGUUGGGUGCCACAAUCAUAUUUGCCAACUUUUCAAAAGUAAUUAUAGAUACAGGAAAGUCAGAUUUAUAUGCAGCCAAAGCUUACUGUGAUAGUUUACUCAAAACUCUGCAAACUAGAGAUCUACUUGAGUGGAUUGAGCUUGAACAACUGCAGUUCUGGCAUUCAUUGCUUUUUAUGGAUCAGGUGGGUUAACAACUUUGGUUGACAUGCCUCUUAACAGUUUUUCAUCUAUAGUUUCUAAAGAAACUUUUGAACUCAAGUGUCAAAUCCUCGAGUUCUGCCUCUUUGUCCCUUGUAAUAGCCCAAGGUUCAACUGAACUUCACAAUAAAGGGUUUUCUCUAUAAUACAACCCAGGCAUAUUACAAGUGCUCUCUG